AUGGCCAACGUCAACGUGAAAGAGCUAAUCGCUCAGGUCAAUGCGGCCGCUCAGCAGGGUGCAUCUGGUGUUGACGACGGCGAAAGGAAGCAACUGUUGGCGGCGGUUGAUAAACUGAGGGCCUCAUAUGAAACUCCAUUUGAAACAACGAUAAGAGUCGUUUUCUCAGGUCAUCAAGCCAUCGCCAUUCGCCUUGCAGUUGACUCUGGACUAUUCGAUGCUGCUGCGAAGCAACCUCAAGACAACAUCACCGUCAAACAGCUGGCGAAAGUCACAGGCGUUGAUGAGCUGUUAGUUACACGCUUUGUCCGAUUUUUGACUGCGAUGAAUGUUUUUAAAGAGCCAGAGCCCGGUCGAUUCGUAGCAACACCGCUCUCCGCUUCCUAUGUUUCAUCAUCGCCUCUUUCAGCAGCCGUUAUCCACAUCACCCAUUUUCUCGUCAUUGCGUCACAACUCCCUGAGUAUUUUGCGGAGAAAGGGUGGAAAAGCCCACACGAUGUUUACGACGGCCCCUUUCAAUUUGCCAUUCGUACCAAGGACAACUACUUCGAAUUUCUGGGCUCCAAACCCUAUUACCAAAAAGCUUUCAACACUGUCAUGACAAUCUCUCAUCGCAGAAAAGGCCGCAACUGGUUUACCUUCUUCCCAGUCGAAGAGAAGCUUGGAGGUGUCAGCCCCGAUCAAACUCUGCUUGUCGAUGUUGGCGGAAGCCAAGGUGGAGAUAUCACUGCGUUCCAGAAAGCAUACCCCAAUCUGUCUGGAAAGCUCAUUCUGCAGGAUCUUCCAGUAGUGAUUGAUGAUAUCAAGGAGCUGACGGCAGGGAUUGAGGCUCAAGGCUAUGACUUCUUCAAAGAGCAGCCUGUCAAGGGCGCCAAGAGCUACUAUCUACGAACCGUGCUUCAUGAUUGGCCUGACAAGCAGGCUGUUCAAAUCCUGGAAAGAGUCAGAGAAGCUAUGACACCGGAAUCAAUUCUGCUUAUCAACGAAACAGUCAUUCCAGAGUCCAAUGCCUCCCUCUCCUCUGCAACUGCCGAUUUAAUCAUGAUGGUCUCAUUUGGGUCUCUGGAGCGCACAGAGAAGCAAUUCGCAGACCUCUUCAACAAAGCUCAGUUGGAACUUGUAAAGGUCUGGAAUCCCACGGAUUUUGAGGGCGCUUCAGAUAUUUCAGAGCAGGCUAGCUUGCUGGAGGUCAGGCUUCGAAGGUGA